AUGGAAACGUUUCAGUUAUUCUCUUCCUCUGCUUCCGGCUUCGGAAUCUUCGAUGAAGCCGCACAACAUUCGCCUACCAUACCCCCUCCUCCUUGCGUUGAAGUCCUCGCUUCUGAGGUUCCUUCAUCCGCCAAACACAACGUGGAGUCUGUAAAUUUGGAUGGAGUUACAUUGUUAAAGGGGCGCGUGAGUACCCAACAAGUUUUUGGUUUGUCCAACUCCGACUUAAUUCCCGGAAAAUAUGAAGGAGGACUGAAGCUGUGGGAAGGUUCACUUGAUUUAAUUAAAGCCCUUCGUUCAGAUAUGAAAGCCGGGCUUAUAUCAUUUCGUGGGAAGCGAGUAUUAGAGGUAGGAUGCGGCCAUGGAUUGCCUGGAAUAUUUGCUUUGCUCGAGGGGGCAGCUGCUGUACAUUUUCAAGACUUCAAUGCUGAGGUCCUAAGUUGCCUCACCAUUCCUAAUUUAAAUGCAAAUAUUUCUGGAAAAUCUCAAGCAUCAUCAUCCAACCUAACAAUUUGUGACAAAGCAGAAGUUCGCUUUUUUGCUGGUGACUGGAGUGGAAUUGAUAAACUGCUCCCUCAUGUUAGUACAGAUGAUAAUCGUGGUGAUGGUUAUGACUUUAUUCUGAUGGCUGAAACAGUUUACUCGGUCAGCAGUCUCCAAAUUCUCUAUAAUCUUAUCAAGAAGUGCUUGCAACAUCCUGAUGGAGUGGUGUACAUGGCAGCAAAGAAGUAUUAUUUUGGAGUAGGCGGUGGAACUCGGAGAUUUUUGUCUCUGGUAGAAAAGGAUGGUGUCUUGACUAGUAGCCUGGUUGCUGAAAUCACAGACGGUUCAUCUAAUGUGCGUGAAGUAUGGAAGCUUGCAUACAAGUAG